AGUACAUACUAUUAAAAGAGGAUUUGAAAAAUAUUUUAGUACUGAUAGUGUUUCCCAAAAUGACAGUGGUAUCGGAGGCUCUUGAUAACACAAAUUUUAUCUUUUCAAAUAUAUACUUUACAAUUUUGUUGGGCGUUACUACACUUUUAACUCUUUACCACUUUUGGUUUCAAUCUCUACGAUAUGUCAAACUCGCCAAAACGAUUCCCGGACCCCGACCAUUACCAAUAUUGGGAAAUGUCCUUGAAGGAGUUGGUCUUAACCCAAAUGCUGCAAUGAAAAAAGUUUUGUCAGUAACCAACGAUUACGAGGGUGAUGUAGCUAGGAUCUUUUUUGGGCCAUUUCUAUACAUAGUUCUACGAAAUCCUGAAGAUAUAGAGCUUAUCCUGGGAAGCCAAGAACAUUUGGAAAAAUCACGAGAAUAUAAAUAUUUUGAACCAUGGUUAGGCGAUGGACUCCUUAUCAGCAAAGGCGACAGAUGGAAACAUCACAGGAAAAUGAUUGCUCCUACAUUUCAUUCGUCAAUUUUAAAGUCCUUCUUUCCGGUAUUUAAUAAAAACGCUAAGAAGCUCUUGGCCCAAUUGGACAAACACAAAGGACAAGUUUUCGAUUGCCAUGACUACAUGAGUGGAACAACUGUUGACACCCUUUUAGAAACUGCAAUGGGUGUUGAAAGAACACACAAAGAUAGUAAAGGAUUUGAAUAUGCAAAAGCCGUUAUGGAUAUGUGCAAUAUUCUUCAUUUAAGACAUUAUAAGUUUUGGUUAAGACCGGAUUUCAUAUUUAAAUGGACCAAGCUGGCCAAAACCCAGGAAAAAUUACUAGAAAUAAUACACAACUUGACCAGAGAAGUUAUUAAAAGAAAGAAAAUCGAUUACUUCAGUCGAGUUAAAAAAGGUGAAAACAGUUUAUACAAAGAAGCGGUUAAGGUUGAAGAACAAUCGGAGAACAUAAAGACUGAAAAUUACAAAUAUAUUCAUGACGAUUUGGAGGACAUUGAAGACAAAGAUAUAGGUGAAAAGAAAAGAUUAGCAUUUCUGGACUUUAUGAUUGAAGCCAGCCAAAUCCCUGGUAACAACUUAUCAGACGAGGAUAUUAAAGAAGAAGUUGAUACCAUUAUGUUUGAAGGACACGAUACUACUGCAGCAGGAUCUAGCUUUGUCUUGUGUUUACUGGGGGUCCAUAAAAAUAUACAAGAUGCCUGUGUAAACGAAUUGAAGGAAAUCUUCCACGACGACUGGUCGAGGCCUAUAACGUUUACAGAUACGUUACAAAUGAAAUAUCUCGAACGAGUUAUUAUGGAAACUUUGAGAAUGUAUCCACCUGUACCAAUCAUUUCCAGAAAAGUUCGAAAAGAUGUAAAACUAGCUAGCGCCAAUUACAUCAUACCUGCUGACAGUGUCGUUCUAAUAUCCCAGUAUCUAACACACAGGCAUGAACAGCAUUGGAAAAAUCCUCAUGUGUUUAACCCUGACAACUUUUUACCAGAAAAUUGUCAAAACAGGCACUAUUACUCCUACAUUCCUUUCAGUGCUGGUCCAAGAAGUUGCGUAGGACGGAAAUAUGCAAUGUUAAAAUUAAAGGUGAUAUUAGCAAGUGUUUUGAGAAAAUACCAGAUCACGUCGCCAAACAAAGAAUCAGAAUUUGAACUUCAGGCAGACAUAAUUUUGAAAAGAACCGACGGAUUUAAUAUCAUAAUCGAAGACAGAGUUUUGUAAUUUCUAUUUAUAUAUAUAUAUAUAUAU